UUGGCGCUUGACGAAAAAAAAGGGAGGAGGAAGUCCGCUUUACGGUACCGUGAUGCGUUUGAGGCUGGCGCGGCGAGACAAACACUCUCUCGUGGGACAGACAUUCUUCACCUUCGACUCAAAGAUGCCAGAGAGCGCCCGGUAAACUCCGCCUCCCAUCAUGUCCGCCAAGAAGCCGAGCGUGUUGCAGCAGCUCCGCCGCAAGAUGCUGCCCAGCCUGCGGCGGGACAAGGCGGGCAUCAGACGGGCGGCCGCCCACCUGCAGCCCACCGACCACCGCCUCAGCGCCUCCGUCCCCGACGUGAGGGACGUGAAGCAGGACAUCUUCCGCACCUCCUCCGGCGCCUACCUCCGUAGGAGCCCCGCCCUCAGCCACAGCAGCCCCGGAACGCCACUGGUCCACCCUGCCAGAGGAGUCCCGAGAGGCGGAGCCACGAGCAGUGAAAAGCGGCUGAGCGGGCCUGCAGACAGCUCAGACCGGACGUCCUCCCAGGAGUCCCUCGACAGCGAGCACCUGGACCGCCACUCCCCCGAGCGCGGGGACCGAUCCACAGGCGGCAUCGAGCCCGAGGAGCUGGCUCUCCCCGAGAUGAUGACCGUGUACAGCCCCGACUCCGCCUUCAGCGAGGACCCCACGCAGACUGAGAUGGAGUCCCCCAGCGUGUUUGAGGGCGACAGAGAGUCUUCUAGGUCCUUCCUGCUCACCAUCAACCUGAAGGAAGGACACAACUUGGUCAUCCGAGACCGCAGUGGCACCAGCGACCCCUACGUCAAGUUCAAACUGGAGGGGAAGACCAUCUACAAGAGCAAAGUGGUCUUCAAGAACCUCAAUCCCACCUGGAGCGAGAACUUCUCCAUCCCCAUCAGGAACCUCGGACAGAGACUCUACAUCAAGGUGUACGACCGCGACCUGACCACGGACGACUUCAUGGGCUCAGCCAGUGUCUUGCUGAGCAGCCUGGACAUGGACAAGGUCAACGAGCUGGUUCUGCACCUGGACGACCCCAACAGCCUGGAGGAGGACAUGGGACUGGUCCUGCUGGACAUGACCCUGGUGCACAGAGACGGGGACAGCAGACGAGGACCACGCUGGCAGCAAAUCCGCAAGGGCAGUAGUCGGACUUCCCGAAGUCCGUCCGAGUCUUUGAGGAGGAGUCAGCUGUGGAGCGCGGUUGCCACGGUGACGGCGGUGGAGGCCCAGGACGUGCCGGCCGAGGCGCACGGCGGCCAGGUGUUUGUGCGCUUCCGCCUGGGCGAGCAGCGCUUCAAGAGCAAGGACCAGUGUGGCUCGCCCCGGCCUCAGUGGAGGGAGCGCUUCACCUUCAACCUCUUCCCGGACCUCCCCAGCGUCCUGGAGGCGGAGCUCUGGUCCAAAGAGGGGCGACGGGCAGAGGAGUGUUUGGGAACGUGCGAGGCGGACCUGGCCGGCGUUCCCUUGGACACCAGACAAGUCUUCACGCUCUCGCUGGACCAGGGCCGAGGUCGCCUGGUCUUCCUGGUGGCGCUCAGCGCCUGCAGCGGCGUGGCCAUCUCGGACCUCAGCGCCGCACCCUUGGACCUUCCCGGCCAGCGUCAGAACCAGCUGGACAACUACAGUCUCCAAAGGUCCCUGAAGAACAUGGCCGACGUGGGCAUCCUUCAAGUCAAGGUCAUCAAGGCGUCGGAUCUGCUGGCGGCUGAUUUGAACGGUAAGAGCGACCCCUUCUGUGUGCUGGAGCUGGUCAACGACCGCCUGCAGACCCACACUGUCUACAAGAACCUCCACCCUGAGUGGAACCAAGUCUUCACCUUUCCGGUCAGAGACGUCCACGAGGUCCUGCUGCUCACCAUCUUUGACGAGGACGGCGACAAGGCUCCGGACUUCCUGGGCAAAGUGGCCCUUCCUCUUCUUUCGAUCCGCGGGGGCCAGCAGGUCACUUUGCCUCUGAAGAAAGACGACCUGGGCGGACUGACCAAGGGCAGCCUCACGCUGGAGAUGGACCUCCUUUUUAACCCCGUCCGAGCUAGCAUCAGAACCUUCCAGCCUCGAGAGGGCAAAUUCAUGGAGGAUAAUCCCAAAUUUUCCAAAAAGGCUCUGGCCAGGAACGUCCAGCGCGUGCAGGCUCUGUGGCGCGCCGUCACGUCCACGCUGAGCUACGUCAAAAGCUGCUUCCAGUGGGAGAGCAAGCAGAGGAGCCUGCUGGCCUUCCUGGUGUUCCUGGUGACGGUGUGGCACUGGGAGUUCUACAUGCUGCCCCUCAUCCUGGUCCUGCUCCUCUCCUGGAACUACUUCCAGGUCUGCUCCGGCCGCCUCACUCAGGACCUGGCCAACAUGGACGUGGGCGAUGAAGACGAGGAUGAUGAGAAGGAGUCUGAGCGCCGAGGCCUGAUGGAGAAGAUCCACAUGGUCCAAGACAUCAUCAUCAGACUGCAGGUCUUCUUGGACCAGGUGGCCUGCUUGGGAGAAAGAGUUAAAAACACCUUCAACUGGUCCCAACCUUUCCUGUCCAGUCUGGCCUUGCUGCUCUUCGUCAUGGCAACCGUCCUCACCUAUUUCAUCCCAGUGCGCUACAUCGUCCUCGUGUGGGGAAUCCACAAGUUCACCAAGAGACUACGGAGCCCGUACUCCAUCGACAACAACGAGGUUCUGGACUUCCUGAGCAGGGUUCCCUCCGACGUGCAGAAGGUUCAGUACAGCGAUAUGAGAGGCGUCAGGAAAAAGAGGACCACCUAGAAGAAGAGAAAGACCAUGUAGAAAAAGAGGAGGAAGACCACGUAGAAGAGGAGGACAACCAUGUAGAAGAAGAGGAGGACACUUGCCAGGGUUUCAACCUAAGUCUGAGGCCCCGCCCACCUUUUUACUUUUCAAUUCCAGGUGACUUUGUAAAGAUUUGUAAAGAUUUAUAACGUACUUUUUUCUAAAGUAUUUUCCAGAGAAGACUUUUCACUGUCUGUAUUUUACAUUGCUUUGACUUCCACUCACUGCUACACAUAUUCAAAUAUAUACAAAUAUACAUACACAAUUAUACAUACACAUAUAUAUAUAGAUAUAUAUACACAAUUAUACAUACAGAUAUACAUACACAUAUACAUACACAUAUACAUACACAUAUACAUACACAUAUACAUACACAUAUACAUAUAGAUAUAUAUACACAAUUAUACAUACACAUAUACAUACACAUAUACAUAUACAUAUAGAUAUAUAUACACAAUUAUACAUACACAUAUACAUACACAUAUACAUAUACAUAUAGAUAUAUAUACACAAUUAUACAUACACAUAUACAUACACAUAUACAUAUAGAUAUAUAUACACAAUUAUACAUACACAUAUACAUACACAUAUACAUAUACAUAUAGAUAUAUAUACACAAUUAUACAUACACAUAUACAUACACAUAUACAUACACAUAUACAUAUAGAUAUAUAUACACAAUUAUACAUACACAUAUACAUACACAUAUACAUACACAUAUACAUACACAUAUACAUACACAUAUACAUAUAGAUAUAUAUACACAAUUAUACAUACACAUAUACAUACACAUAUACAUACACAUAUACAUACACAUAUACAUACACAUAUACAUACACAUAUACAUACACAUAUACAUAUAGAUAUAUAUACACAAUUAUACAUACACAUAUACAUACACAUAUACAUACACAUAUACAUAUACAUAUAGAUAUAUAUACACAAUUAUACAUACACAUAUACAUACACAUAUACAUACACAUAUACAUACACAUAUACAUACACAUAUACAUAUAGAUAUAUAUACACAAUUAUACAUACACAUAUACAUACACAUAUACAUACACAUAUACAUACAGAUAUAUACACACAAUUAUACAUACACAUAUACAUACAGAUAUAUAUACACAUAUACAUACAGAUAUAUAUACACAAUUAUACAUACACAUAUACAUACACAUAUACAUACAGAUAUAUAUACACAAUUAUACAUACACAUAUACAUACACAUAUACAUACAAAUAUACAUACAAAAAUACAUAAAUAUAAAUAAGUUAGAUUAUUUAUUAAUGCCUGACAACAAUAAAUGUAUACCAUGUGCACAAA